AUGACGUCAGCUGACAGGCCGCGGUGUGGCGUGGCGUGGGUCCCUCGGCAGGGCCGGAGUGAGGCUCCGAGCGCGGCUCUGAGGCGAAGCAUGAGGCGGCGAUGGCGGCGGUGGCGAUGGCGGCAACGGCGACGCGCGCCGGAGGAGGCCGAGGCGCCGGUGGAGGCGCUGGCCUUGGUUCUCUCGGGGGCGGCGGCGGGCUACUGCGCCGGCGAGACGGUGCGUGGGCGGGUGCGGCUGGAGCUGGCGGCGCCGCUGCCCCUGCGGACCCUCCGCCUCGAGGCCCGCGGAGGCGCCCGGGCCGCCUGGAGGAACAGCGGAGGCGCCUGGGCCCCGCCGCUUCGGCUCCUCUUCGGGGCAGGAGCCCGGCGCGAGGCUCAGGUGUGCUACCUGGACGUCCAGCAGCACCUGCUCGGCCCCGCAGGUGAUGAAAGCUUAAUCCCAUUAGAAGCUGGACGACAUGAAUUCCCUUUCAGCUUUCAACUCCCCCAGGAAUCCUUGGCAACCUCUUUCACAGGAAAGUAUGGCAGCAUUGAAUACUAUGUGAAAGCAAUCCUGGAAAGGCCAAAGGCCCGCAAUCAAACCGUGAAGAGAGAGUUCCAGGUUAUCAGACACAUUGAUAUCAAUUCACCAGUGCUACUGAGCCCUGUAAGGCAAAGCCAGGAGAAGAUGGUUGGUUACUCAGUUUUCACUUAUGGCUCAGUUUCUCUGAGUGCCAAAAUUAAGAGGAAGGGAUAUUGUAAUGGUGAAGCAAUACCAAUUUAUGCAGAAAUUGAGAAUUGUUCCUCUUGUUUAAUUGUUCCAAAAGCUGCCAUUUUCCAAACACAGACUUAUCUGGCUAGUGGAAAACCAAAGACUUUUCGUCAGAAGGUUGCCAAAGUUAGAGGAAAUCUUGUUCCUUCUGGGAGUACAGAUACCUGGAAUGGGAAACCUUUGAAAAUUCCCCCUGUAACUCCUUCUAUCCUUGACUGCUCUAUUAUUAGAGUUGAAUAUUCUUUAGCUGUAUACAUUCAUAUUCCUGGUGCUAAAAAGUUGAUGCUUGAACUGCCCCUGGUGAUUGGCACAAUUCCAUGCACAGGGUUUUCCAGCAGGGACUCCAGUUUUUCCAGCCAACUCAGUAUGGAUAUGAGCUGGCUGGCACAGACAAUGCCAGAGCAUCCAGAAGCACCACCCAAUUAUGCUGAUGUAGUAUCAGAGGAAGAAUUCUCAAGACAUGUUACUGUUUAUCCACAACCAAUUGACUGUGAUGAGCUUCCCUACAUAGAGGAGUUUCUGUUUCAACCCCCUCCUCUCUAUUCAGAGUUUAACCCACAUCCUACUGAGGUAGAAGACAAUCAACCACUAUCAAUCAUAGCUUAAGGAUGAUUUCUAAAAGUUAGAUUGUCUUGAUUUUGGGUAUUAUAGCCUCUGCUUGUAGUAACACUUUUGG